AUGGUGAACUACUAUCGCUACGAACAAUCUCUUCCCGUAUCCAUCGUUUUCGUCGUCGUCUUUUCACUCUCAUCAGCCCUUCACCUUAUUCAAAUCAUCAAGACAAGGACAUGGUUCUUCUUGCCAUUUUUAGUUGGAUCCGUCUUUGAAGCCGUUGGCUUCAUUGGCCGCGCCAUAGGGGCUGGAGAAGCGCCUGAUUACACAUUUGGCCCUUACGUCUUGCAGAAUCUUCUCCUGCUCCUGGGGCCGACAUGCUACGCUGCGUCAAUCUAUAUGAUCCUGGGGCGCUAUAUUCGACAGCUUGGAGGACAGCAGUUCUCACCAAUUCGGCCGGGUUGGUUGACCAAGAUCUUUCUCCUCGGAGACGUACUCUCUAUUCUCUUGCAAGGAAUCGGUGGAGGAAAGCUCGUGAAUGCUAAUACCCAGGACGACAGAACGACAGGAGAAAAUAUCAUUAUCGCCGGAUUGACCGUCCAGAUCUUAUUUUUUGGUCUGUUCAUAUCCGUGACGGGACUAUUUCACUUCCGAUUUGUCAGGCAUUCUAAAGCGCGACCUAUCAGGUGGCAGAGGCUUCUCGUGGUAAUUUACGUGGUAAGCGUGCUAAUUCUUACAAGAUCGCUCUUUCGUAUGGUUGAAUACAUUGAGGAACAUGAUGGAGAGCUCCAGUCCAAAGAGGUCUACAUUCUUGUCCUCGACGCCAUUCCAAUGGCAAUUGCCAGUGUUGGCCUCAAUAUCUUCCAUCCUUCGGAGUAUAUGAAUAGCAGGAGCAAGGUGUCGAAGGAUUCGGAUAGUGAGGUUACUUUCGACAACCAUUGCGGUCUCUCGUUGGGAACUGUAGUAGGCAGAAGAGAAGAGGUCUAG